UGAUAGUUAAUAUGAUGGUGGAUUAGAUUAUAGCUCGCUAUAUCUGCAGAAAGUUGAUCCUACUGUACAACUCCUAACCAUGUUCGUACAUAUCAGCGCUCACGCUGACCCGAGCAGAGAUGCUAUGUCUCCAAAAAUAUACCAGGCAAACCAACUCCAGUCCAUGAUGAUAGUACAGAGGCACUGCCGCGCCAGGCAGCUGUGCAGUGUAACAGCUAUGCAGUGUAAUAUGAUGAAGACAGGCCAACUCCACACGCAAAAGGCAAACGCAAAUAACACAGGCAAAGAGAAACCCGAAAUGCGACAAGUCGUCGGGACAACAAAAGCAAUAAAAACAGCAAGAAUAAUGCGGCAGACAAGCACGUCAAUAGUGGUACAUACACCAGCAGCCAACAACCACGCAAGGGCGGCAUUCAGAGGGAGGCAGGAUAACCCGUCGGACGGGCAGCAAUGCACCACCGGACUGAAUGGGACAAGCCGGCGGGCAGUCUAGAAUGCCGGGACGAGACGGAUCGUCCAUUAUUGCCUCACUUCAAGGACAAACUUGGUGAGCGAAAAAAAAAGAAAGAAAGGGGCAGAGCGAGAACAGCGAAUGGCAGCAGGCGACGGCGGGUCGCCUCACUUUUGUCUGCCUUUACGCGCGCCAGUCGAAAAGGCGGAAGCGGAG